AUGUGGUCAGCCCUGCUUCUACUGUCUCUAGCGGUAGCCAGGUAGAUAAUGUUAGUUUUAUAUUAAUUAGUAAUGUGUGUUCCAUCUUGGGUAGUUAUGUUGUGUUUAGCUUGGUUGGUUAUGUUGUGUUUAGCUUGGUUGGUUAUGUUGUGUUUAGCUUGGUUGGUUAUGUUAAGUUUAACUUUAGCCUAUUUGGAAAUGAUAAUUUUACCUUAGUCAGUUCUGUUCGUGUCUAGUAACAUCUUUCCAAUGUUUCAAUCAGCAAAUUUUACAAUUGUAGAGUUUGGCAACAAAUUUGAAAUUUCCAAAUACUCUUCAAUAAUGUGCGCCACAUUUUUCUUCUCCUGUGACAUGACGUGUUUUUGUUGUUGACCCAGGUACCGAAAAGUGUGUCGACCAUUUUCAAGACAGGUGAACAUGUCCCACGUGAAGAUCAGCAUGAUUUUUAUCCUAGGACUACCGAUCAUCUUUUCCAUCCCGUAUACUCUCCUUCAUGGGAGGCAGAGUAGGAUGACCCCUCAUCCCGGUGUCUACGGUUACUUCUGUUCGGUUGACGACAGCUACGUCCAGACGAAAUGGCCGAUGAUUCAUGCCUGCUUUUUCCUGCUUCUGUUUUUAUCGUGUUGCAUUCCACUGGUGGUCCUCUACGCGCUCAUAGGAGCCAAGGCUUGGAGACACAAGCGAUAUCGGAUGGCAGCUACGCGAUUAAAGAUGUCCGGUAGCACGGACGUCAUCAAAACCAACGCAGCAGCACCAACAACAACGGACGACAAUUCAACUUCUGGGAAACUGGACACGGUUGGACAGGCUAAAUGUGAUUCAAACGACAAGAUGUUAACCUGUGGCUUUAAAAAAAGGAUCCAAGAAGGUGACUCUACGACUAAAUAUAACAAUUCUAAAGAAGGAAGGACACCAGGAACUGGUGAGAAAAUGAGAAUGUCCGUGGCAGAGAGCUUACAAAAUGACUUGGAGACAUCUUGUUCAUGUGAUGAUAGAGAUAAGUAUGUUAAGAGGAAAUAUCAGAGUCUUCAACGAAACGUUGACGAGGAGAAUGUCGGUGUUUUCAGCAGACGUCUUUUGGGUGGCGAUGAAGUGCCGAACCCGAUUCAGAAACAUAAAAAUGACAUCAUCAACUCAGACAUACACAAACACGACGUCACCAACACAGAUACCCUUAUAGAUGACGUGAUCAAUCCAGUGACACAUAAAUUGGAAAUUAAAUCUCAGAUCCAAAAUUUUGAAUUAACCGCUAAAGGAGUCGACUAUCUCAGAGGAAAUCUAGACACGAUCAAACUUAUGGCAUCCCCCUCUAUCAAGUUCUUUCCACAUAAUUCAAGUCCAAACGGAGAACAUUCGACUCAAUUAACUGACACUCUAUCAGAUGGAGGGGCUUCAAUCUUGGGGGAUACACCAAGCUCUUCAACUCAGCUUAAUCAGUGCGUAGCGGUUGACCUUCCCAAAAUACGAAACGAUGUACACGACGACGUCAGCCACAAACCAUCGCAUUUGUACUCGGUCAGAGCGAAGAGCGUCCAUACCUUACGUAUGUUUGACCGAACCACCCGCAUGCUGUUGGCCAUCACCCUGGUGUUUAUCAUCGCUUACCUUCCG